UCUGAGUUAUUUCCCCUCUAUCCUUAUUUCGUUCUUAUAUCCUCUUUCGUUUCAAUCUUCAUUUUCUACCUUUCGUUAUUCAUAUUCCAUCUCUUCCACAAACACAAAAUUCUACAUGGUAUCAGAGAAAGAUCAUUGACGCUUCUGUUCUACUCUCAGAACUCUGCUUCUACGUUUUUCAUACGCUCCGCCUUGUGCAGUCAUGGAUUCUCAGUCCAAACUCAUUCCAAUCACCCUAAAUGGUGACAAUUAUUUCUAUUGGACCAAAGCAACCACAAAAUGGAGAGCUCUGAUACCAACUCUGCGUGAAGGCUGUUGCAUAUGAAGUUGCAUAUGCACGAGUACCAUGAGAUUGCUUGGAUUACAAGGAUAAGGGCAUUAAAUCACAAUAUGGACGUUGGGCACUUGCACACCAAGAAACAACCUCUUUACUUCAUCUCCAAAUCUGCCAACAACCUCAUUAAAUGCUGCUGCACAUGCACAACUCCAACAACUAGUUCAUUAAUGAUUGUUCUCUUUCCUUUCUCUAUAAAUAGCAUCCUCUUGUACUAGAAUGAAUUAUCUGAAUAAGGUCUCUCUUUGUUCAUUUCUUUUCUCUCCAUUCCUUCUAUGCUCAUUCUAAACUUCUUUAUGGUAUUAGAGCGCUAAAAUUUUGAAUUUGCGCAAAUUCUCUAUUUGUUUUGGCAAUGGAGGGAUCAGAUUUGAGUGUUGUGCCUGUUGUAUUCAACGGUGAAAACUACUUUUAUUGGUCUAAGGCUCCAAAACCAUGUUAUCUAGUCGCGGUUUGUGGAGUCAUAUUGAGGAAGGAGAAUCUAUCACCAACAAAGCAAAAUGGAGAGCCCUUUACUAAACUCCACAGUGAGUUUAACGUGUUGUGGGCUGAAUUAGAGGAGCUUCGUCCUCUUAUAACUGAUCUCAAGGUUCUCACGGAAAGAAUGGAGCAAGACAAGGUAUUUUCGUUUCUGCUCACUCUUGAUAGGUCAUACAACGAUUUGGUCUAUCAUAUUCUCCGCAACAAGACUCUUCCGGCAUACAACGAAGUGUGUAUGCUCAUAAAAAGGGAAGAAGGUAGAAAGAACCUAUUUGCUGUACCAAGUGAAUUUGCUCACUAUCAUAAGACGGAGUGCUCUAUGAUGUACUGAU